AAAAAAAAAAAAAAAACAGAAAAUACCCUGACCAUACCUCACCUCUCUGCCUUGCGCUGUUCAUUGCCUUUGUUUCUUUUUCUUCCUCCGCCCUCUCCUUCACCUUGCAACAUCCAUUUUCUGUUGGAUUACUUGAUCCUACGUUUCUCUCCUUUCAUCCUCCACACCUCGUUGCCGACACACCCCUGGCGAACAAUCGCAUGUUCGGCUUCUUUGCAUGCGCUCCUCCUCCUGAUGAUGCGACGUUGCGACCAAUACUCCUCGCAACAAACCUCCCGUCGCCCUCGUCCCGACUAACAACCAUCGACUUGUAAUUCGUUUACCCUCGACUGCCGACUGAUGCUCGAGCUGCACGCAGCACCCCCGACGGCCAUACAUUGAUCAAAAGCGUGACGAGCUAUGUGGCGGAGGACCUACCUGUUUCUGGUGUUGAUCCGGCUGUGGUUCGCGCUAUCGCCCAGCUACCUCCACCCCGACGAGAAUUUCCAAGGCCCAGAGGUUAUCGCAGGCCAAAUCUUCAGCUACCCGGUCCGACACACGUGGGAAUUCACAAACGAACAUCCGAUACGAAGCGUCUUUCCAUUAUGGCCUGUGUACGGCCUGCCCAUGUUGCUACUGCGAUGGCUGUGGAUCGGUAACGGCAAGGACGGGGAGAUCCCUCCCAUCGCAGUCUUUUGGACCCUUCGCGUGCUCAUGUUCGUCACCAGCUUUGUACUGGAGGACUGGGCCAUCCACGAGCUCAUCAGCUCCCCGCGCCACCGACGAGUUGCUGUGCUUUUGGUUGCUUCGUCUUACGUCACAUGGACCUACCAAACCCACACGUUCUCCAACUCGGUUGAAUGCCUGGUUGUUGCUUGGUGUUUGGUCCUGAUUCAGCGCAUUGGCGAGAGCCCGCAACAAUCGUCGCUUCUUGCUUCUUCGAUUCUCGGCGUAGUGGCCGUGUUCGGAUUGUUUAAUAGGAUAACUUUCCCGGCGUUUUUGCUGAUUCCGGGACUUCGCUUGAUACCCCAUUUUCUCAACAGGCCCGUCUCCUUCAUCUUCAUGGCAUUGGCUGGUCUCACAACCACUUUCGUCGCCAUCACACUGGAUACGGUAUUUUAUCUUUCUGAGCCCAUUAAAUGGGCAGACCUCAUUUCCCGGCCCGUCAUCACACCACUCAACAACCUUCUCUACAACAUUGACAUAAACAACCUCGCGCAGCAUGGCCUACACCCCUGGUACCAGCAUCUCCUGAUCAACAUCCCCAUGUUGAUUGGCCCGGCGGCAGUGCUGCUCUUCACCCAGCCGCACAUCUCGCUUCGACUCUACUCGGCCAUCUCCGGCGUCUUCGUGCUGUCCAUCUUCCAGCACCAAGAAGCCCGGUUCCUGUUGCCGACCGUCCCGCUCAUCCUCUCUUCUGUGCACAUGCCCAGAAGUCGUACUCUUCUCCGGGUAUGGAUCGGCGCCUGGAUUGUCUUCAAUCUGUUCUUCGGCAUUUUGAUGGGCAUCUACCACCAGGGAGGUGUUGUGCCGGGUCAGGUAUUUUUGAGCAAGCAACCAGAUGCGACGCAAGCCGUCUGGUGGAAGACUUACACGCCGCCCAUCUGGCUGCUCAACGGUAAAAAUGAGGUUCUCACCACGCGCGACGUUAUGGGCAUGAAGGGCGAUACGCUCCUCGAGGAGCUCACCAAGCUUGCGACGUGCGAUACGCCCGCCGACCGACGCAACUCGGAGUAUCUGAAGGAGAAGAACGGCACGUACCUGAUGGCGCCGGCGUCGGCGACAUGGAUCGACCCCUAUAUCCCCAACAAGGGGCUCAAGGGUCUGCGGUUCCGCGAGGUAUGGCGUUACAAGCAGCAUCUAAACCUCGACGAUUUGGAUUUUGGUGACGACGGCAUUUGGAACACCUUGGCACGGGUGAUCGGUAGGCGCGGUCUUGUCGCCUGGCGGGUGACGAAGAGCUGCAAAUGAUCAGGAAGCAGCAGGGGAAAAAAGCAAUGAAUGAAAAGACUUUGAACGUUUGAUGACACCAUCUUGUCCGAGAAUGGAAUGAACUUGGUAUCGUACAUGUUUCCCCCCCCCCAGCCCGCUUCAGCCAUC